CACAUAGAGGCGCUGAUGGAUGAAAACAUCUAAAAUGACGCGAUGACCGCUCUCAGGUUCCUCUCUGACUCUCGACUCUCGCUGACUCUCGCAAGAAUCGAAUCUCCAGUCUCCACAUGUAUAUAUACAUAUACCACAUGUUCCGCGUUUGUUACCGGCAGAAUACCGGUCGGAUAAACGCGGUCGACCGGGUCGACGUCGUCGUCUCGACCGUGAAUAAUUUCAAUGGAAUCGGAGCUGAUCACCGAAAUGAUUGUUUUAAACGGAGCAGUUUCAAGCAGGAGCGACCGCGACUUCAGAUAAUCGUAGAUUUAUCUAGUCGGAUGAUUCCGCGCGAUCGCCGUGUUGCGCCAGAGUUUUAUAUUAAUGCCUUCGAGACGAAUUCCGAGAGAGAGUUUAUCGUUGUUAUCGAUCGACGCGCGUGUUGAGCUGCCUGAAAUCGUUACAAACCGUACAUGCCGAUUGCUCUCAACGAGCGAUUUGACAUUUAGAAUUUUGUAACACGUUAAAUAGAAAAACGAGUAGCUCGCGCGCGGGCGCGCGCGCGCAUGUGUAUAUAAUAUUUCGUAACGAAGAAAUUGUACAUAUAACGUUGAUUUUUUAAAAUCGAAUUUUUUGCGCGUCUUAAGCGAUUUUGCCUCCCCCUUUUGAUUAAUGGUUCCCGCACGUAACAACAUGUUUCUCGUUUGCGUGACCGUGGGACUCGUCUUUCUGGCGUCGAAGUAUCGCAACAACGUGCUUCGUAGCGUCAAGCACUUAUAUAAAAAUAUAAAAAAUCGAGAUAGCAGUAUUAAGGCCAAGCGCAACGAGUUGGACACCGAUAGUAAUAAUAAUGAGGAUGUUCAUGACAAGACGGAGAUUAAACUUGUGCUCGACAAGAUUAUUCUGGCAGACUCUCCGGAGAAAUGCGAUUACGCCGUACAGCGUAUUCGUUGUGAUCUGUCUGAUGGCAUCCUAGGUUUUGAUUGCGAAUGGGUCAAAGAAGGACCCGUCUCUCUGUUACAACUGGCUACUAACAACGGAGUAGUUGCUUUGUUUCGCAUUGGAAAGAUCGGGUUUAUUCCAUUUAAACUUAAGGAACUAUUAGCUACUAAGCACAUUCUUAAAGUAGGAGUUUCUUCAUUUGAAGAUGGACAGAAGCUUGUAAAGGACUAUGGAUGUAAUGUUAAUGGAACUCUUGAUUUAAGAACCUUAGCCGAGAGUCUUGAUUUACCAAGCCGGAAGAGUUUAGCUGCCAUGUGCGAACAGUAUCUUAACAUUGAGAUGGACAAACUGGUAGAAGUCAGGUGCGGUGACUGGGAUGCUAGCACCUUGUCUGACGAUCAAGUAGCGUAUGCCGCUUGUGAUGCGCUUGCAUCUGUUAUCAUUUAUCAUAAAAUAAUGGAAAAAGAUAGAGAAAGGUAUUCAUUUUGGCAAAGAUUAGGAAAUUUCUUAUGUAAUAUAUUAAGUAGUGAUAUAAAUGUGCGGAUUCAUGGUGUACCUGCUAGAACAGUUGACACGAGGUUCAAGGUUCAACGAUCACCAAGUGCGGACAGUGUUACCAAUGAUAAUAUUUUAAAUUCUAAGAGUAAAUCAGUAGAUAGAAUAGUAGUAGUAGAUAAAAAUACUAUUAACGAACGCAAGAAUGCGAUACCUACAAGAAUCAAACCUUUAUAUCAUAAUUGUUACUUGCAAGCACCCGAUGGAGAUAUAUUGUGUACAUGCGAUCGUAAGAAGGCGGAGUGGUAUAUUACGAAAAAUUUAGGAAAACUUGUGGGGACAGAUCCAUAUACCGUGAAAUUAAAUUUCGAGCCAUCCGGUCGAGCAUUAGGAGAAGUUGGACAAUAUUAUACACAAGUGAAACUCAAUCAGUGUGUAGUCUGUGGAUGUACUGAGAAAUUUAUUAGGAAAAACGUCGUGCCACGAGAAUAUAGGAAAUACUUCCCAUUGGUAAUGAAGGCACAUCAAUCUCAUGAUGUAUUACUAUUGUGUCCUUCCUGUCACGAAAUCAGCAACAACCAUGAUCUGCAACUCAGAAGAAAGUUAGCAGACAUGUGUGACGCACCAUUAAUUGGGCCGAUGACGCACGUACGAGACAACUACUUGCACAACCGCCGGAAGCUGCAUUCGGCUGUCAAAGCCCUGCGGGAAAAAUUCUCGUUACCUCAAAAGCAACGCGAAGAAUACGAGAAUUACGUGCUGGAACACACGGGGCAGCAGAAAGUAACGCUAGAUCUGCUUAACGCCUUAAACGAGCAGCUGAAAAGUGCGCUGAUCCAGAAACCGAUUCCUAACAAGUAUCAGCCGCAUGGUUUAAAGGUGGUACAAUACUUUCAAAUGCAAGAAGGUGGACUCAUCGAGUUAGAACGUAUGUGGAGGGAACAUUUUCUCUUCACGAUGAAACCGAAGUACCUGCCAAGUUUAUGGUCUGUACGCCACAAUCAGGAGCGAUUGAUCAUACGUCAGGCACAAAACAGAAUUGAUAUGGACGAUGCAAAGGCAGCUGGAUUAAUGAAAUAGCAUUAUAAUUUGAAUAUUAUAACUGAAGUCUCGUAUAAGAGCGAGAACUUGAAAGACUGUUACAUGAAAUAUAUGAACCAAUAUAUCUCCUGAAUAUAUACAUG